CUUGAUUUUUCUAGUCUGAAUCAAUGGAAAUUGAACAAAAUCAAGUCAGUAAGCAAGAAGAAAAGGAUAUGGAACUAGAUAACAGAACAGAAGAAAGAACACAGCCACAGCUAAAAACAGAACAGUGUGAAACAUUUGAAGAAGGUGAAAAAGAAGAAAUGGAAGAACAACAAGAAGCAACACCAAAACCUGAAACUGAUCAUGAUAGAUUAAUUAAAGAUGCUCAAUUGUCAACUGCUGCAGCUGCAGCCUUAGGAGCUGCUGCAGUUAAAGCAAAACAUCUUGCUGCUGUGGAAGAAAGAAAAAUAAAAUCACUAGUUGCCCUACUAGUAGAAACACAAAUGAAAAAGUUGGAAAUUAAAUUAAGGCACUUUGAAGAAUUAGAAGCAAUUAUGGAUCGUGAACGUGAAACACUGGAAUACCAGAGACAGCAGUUGAUUCAGGAACGUCAACAGUUUCAUAUGGAACAGCUGAGGGCAGCUGAAUUCCGAGCUCGUCAACAAGCUCAAGCUUUGUUGCUGGCUCAACAGGGUGGUACAAAUGGCAUUCCACCACCACAUGGAGCUUCACUGGAUCAAACUCAAGGAGUGGGUGCCACUGGUGACCCACCAGGCAAUCUCCAAGGUCAGUUCCCUGCCCAACCUCGGCCAAUGUUUCACCAGACAAGGUAUCCUCCCAUGGGUGUCCCAUCCUACACUCAACCUGCAAGUCAGCCUCCCCCCCAUGGGAAUUAUCCUGUUAUCCAUCAACAACAACAGUUAAUGCCUGGAGCUCCAAAUACUAUUCCUCACCAUCCUACUCCUCAACCUCAUGUUGUAAUCCAUCCUCCCACCUCUAUUCCUCGUGCUGGUCUCUAUCCAGUACCACCAACCUCUAACUAUCCCCCACUCGAUGUCGGACAGGGGCCAAGACCCCCUUCUGGCACACAGGCACCACCUAAUAUGAUUGCUGGCAACAACAAUCCUGUUCCAGGUAUGUAA